ACCCACUUUGGCGGCAUCCCGAAUUACCGCCAAAUUGUACGGUAGUUUAGUCAGUCGUAAUUUUUAAGGUUAUCUGAUUGAAAUUUUAUUUUUGCAUUGAUUUGAGAUAUUUUAUUCCCUGAAACAUCAAUUUAAAUUUUUAAACUGUCACUUCUUACCAAAUUAUCAUGGGAAUUCUUGGACUUUCAAAACUAAUAGCUGAUGAAGCACCCAGCGCUGUUGUAAACAACGAAAUCAAAAACUAUUUUGGACGUAAGGUGGCAAUUGAUGCAUCAAUGAGUUUGUAUCAAUUUUUGAUAGCAGUGCGUAGUGAGGGUGCUCAGCUAACUGACGCUGAAGGCGAACCAACUAGCCACCUGAUGGGCACUUUCUACAGAACGAUAAGACUUGUUGAGAACGGCAUCAAACCGGUGUAUGUGUUUGAUGGAAAGCCUCCCGAGCUGAAGUCGGGUGAGCUGGCCAAGCGAACUGAACGACGUGAAGAGGCACAGAAGGAGUUGGCAAAGGCCACUGAGGCAGGAGAUCAAGAUAUGAUUGAUAAGUACAAUAGGAGGUUAGUGAAGGUCACCAAAAAGCACUCAGAUGAAUGCAAACAACUUCUGAAAUUAAUGGGAAUCCCGUAUGUUGAGGCUCCUUGCGAGGCGGAGGCACAGUGCGCCGCCCUGGUGAAGGCGGGCAAAGUGUAUGCGGCGGCGACAGAGGACAUGGAUGCGCUCACGUUCGGCUCCAAUGUGCUUCUGCGGCACAUGACAUUCAGCGAGGCUCGCAAGAUGCCCAUUCAAGAGUUCCACCUCGAUCGGGUGCUGGCCGGCUUGGAACUCACCAAGGACCAGUUCAUUGAUCUGUGCAUACUUCUUGGCUGUGAUUACUGCGAGUCAAUACGUGGGAUUGGCCCGAAACGAGCCGUUGAACUGAUCCGGAAGCAUCACAGCAUCGAAGCCAUCUUGAAGAACAUCGACACAAAGAAGUACACUACACCCGACGAUUGGAAUUACGCCGGCGCCAGGAGACUCUUUCUUGAGCCCGAAGUGGCCAAUGCCGAACAAGUUGAGCUGAAAUGGACGGAGCCAGAUGAAGAAGCCUUAGUGAAAUUCUUGUGCGGCGACAAAAACUUUGCUGAAGACAGAGUUCGUAAUGGGGCCAAAAAAUUGCAGAAGGCUCGUGGAACAACUACGCAAGGACGUCUUGACUCCUUCUUCAAAAUCUCCACCACACCCAAUGCAGCAAAGAGGAAGAGUGAAGACAGCAAAACGCCCAACAAUAAGAAGACAAAGACUGGAAGCAAAGGUUUCAAAGGAAAGCCAAAAUAAUUUUUUGAAAAUCUUUUGGGUAUGGUGAUAACUCACCAUAUUUUCAACUGCACCAGAUCGAUGCUUCUGAUAAUACGACGGGUCAAGCUCAGGAGAUCGUGAUAAUACUUUGUUCUAAAAAACUAUUUUUGUUUUAUGUUUUAAAAUAAGUAUUGGUUUACCAUAAAUUUUCUAUCUCUAUCAAAUGAAUAUUGUUCCAAAGAUUUUUAGGUGCCAUACCUCAAUCUUCCGGAAAUUCAAAUCAAUAUUUCUUGCUUGCUUGCUCCAAAUAUUAUUUAUAUGAGUGUUAGGAGAAAAACGUUUUUAUUGCUAAGAUUAUAAUAUCUGUAAAGUUGUAUGUAGGGAUCAGUGAAUUCUGUAACUAUGAUGAAUAAAUGUCAAAUUUGUUAUCGUGUUACAAAAAAAUAACUUGAUAGUACAAAUAGUUGAAUUAUUCUAAGAUAUGAAAAAGUGUAUUCAUUGGAAUUAAAUCAUUUGAAAAAUGA